GCAAUGGCAACAGUACCGAAGGCAGAAUACAAGCAUUCCUACUCUGAUUGGUUCACCAACAUUCAUGCUCAAAGUAGAGCUGCUUCAGAUGCCCGGUUGGCAUCAUUCAACCUGAUGGAGAAAGACAAAGCCAUGCGAAUUGAAACAGACAUAAAGACAAGGUAUGAUCAACGUGACACAAAUGCCAGAAUUGCGGAUCGUAUAUGGACGAUUAGGCAGUGGCGCGACGAGCUCAUUGCUCAACUUCGUCGCCUUAAGGAGCGCAUGGCUGAAUUGAGGGACGCCAAAAAGCUCACUGAGGAAUACUUGGUGAAACUAAUGGAUGCGCAGCAAGUUAACACCGAGGCACUCACAUUUUUCGAUCGAAGACGAUAUGGAGAACUGGUGUUGGAUCCAGUUGAACAGGAACUAAAAAACGAACAGACUAUGCUGAAAGAAAUUUACGACGAACAACAGAGUAAAAUCUUGGAGGCAUUCGAAGCACUCCUGCGUAUGCAGGACUUAGCGAACAGCCUUCAUGCAGCCAUCGUAGAAAAGAAUGAGACGCUAGAUGUUGACAUCGAUCAGUACAACUUGAACGAAAGAUCCGCAAACGUUGGUUUCAAGCCACUCGCUCUCAGAAAGGCUAUAAAUGCCCCGGAUUUGCAAUCUUGGGAGGAUCUGAACAGGUCUUUGUUGGAGAAGGCCGUCGAAACAUGUGCUCUGGGAGCAGAGGUUGUUCACGCACUGCAUCACAGUCUUCAUCAAGCGGCCAAUCGAAUGGGUGCGAAAGCCGAUCGCGUGGCUGAUGCAGUCCGGUUGCGUAUUCAUGAAACUGAAAGGGCCAUACGCGAGUUAGAUUAUCAGUACCAAGCGACAGAGGAAAAUCGUGAGAGGUUGUUCGAAGAACUGCGAAACUUAGAAGAGUCACGGAGGGCGAAGUAUGCUAGCCUCAAACUGGCACAAACGCGCUUGGACGGCCGGCAUAACCGCCCGGUCAACGAAAAGGUUGAAGACGCUGCUCAUGCCGGCCUUCUUGAUGAGGUCAAUGGUAUUGGUGACAGCAUUGACGCUCUGGACGAACGAAUUGACAAGUCCAGACACAUGUUAGGGCGUCUGGAGGAUCAAUUAUCAAGAUUAUGUCAAGAAACUGAAAUGAAAAAGGAAGCCGUCCAAAUUUACAGGGAAUUAAUGAAUCUGCGCAAGAAGCUGGAAGUACCACCGAAAACGCGACAUCCCUACUGUCCAAUGCUUCCCAGAGGAAUCGUACGUCAACCAGAAGUCGUAUAA